AAAGUAGACGAAGUAAUCAAAGAAGAUAUGAAAAAAUGGUACUUCUCAAACCCUAUAAAACUCUCUCUAUCCCUAAAAAUAUUACCCAUCUCCCUAAACUAACAACCAUCUUCCACUUAGAGCUACAUCAUUCUCUUAUAACAUCAAUUGAAAAUUGAAUCUCUCCAUCAAAAUCAUCAUCUGCCUUUUCCUUCUCACCUACAAGUCACACCUUCUCUUCUCUCUCUCAUACACACAGUGACACACACAAAAACACACACUGUUUUAGUGGUUUAAGGGCCCUGGGGUUUGAUUUUUAGCUAGAUGAUCCUUUGAAUUAAACUGGUAUAUUCAGCUUCUUCUUCUUUUUCUUUUCUCUUCUUUCUCUCUCUCAAAUUAAAUUUGAUAGAUGGAAAGAUAAAUCUUUGGAAGAUUAAAGAAAGUGUGGUAGUGACAACUCUGCAGCAGCAGCAGAUUGAAAUGGCUGCGUCGCCAAGUAGGCAGCUCCAGACUAUGUUACAGACUGCAGUGCAAGCGGUUCAAUGGACAUAUAGUCUCUUCUGGCAAUUAUGUCCCCAACAAAGGAUGUUAGUGUGGGGAGAUGGAUAUUACAAUGGAGCCAUCAAGACGAGGAAGACAGUGCAGCCAAUGGAAGUCAGUGCCGAGGAGGCAUCGUUGCAACGAAGCCAGCAGCUCAGAGAGCUGUAUGAGUCACUGUCUACAGGAGAUCAGUUGAACCAGCCAGCACGGCGACCCUCUGCUGCACUGUCACCGGAAGAUUUGACAGAGUUGGAGUGGUUCUAUCUCAUGUGUGUCUCCUUCUCUUUCUCUCCUGGAGUAGGAUUACCGGGGAAGGCGUACACAAAGCGGCAGCAUGUAUGGCUAGUUACUGGUGCAAAUGAGGAGGAUAGCAAAGUAUUUUCCCGAGCUAUUCUUGCCAAGCAGAGUGCUGGUAUAAAGACUGUAGUAUGCAUUCCUCUACUAGAUGGUGUAGUCGAACUCGGCACAACAGAAAUGGUUCAAGAGAACCUAGGAUUUGUCCAGCAUGUGAAGACCUUCUUCACUGAUGAGAGCUUGACGCAGCCUCCAAAACCUGCCCUCUCCGAGCACUCCAUUUCUAACCUACCUGCAACCUCAUCACAGAAUUCACGUUUACACCCACCUUCAAUGCUGGCUGCCAUAUAUGCACAUGUCGAUUCACCGGCAAAUGCCAAUCAAAUCGAUGAUGAUGGAGAAGAUGAAGAAGAAGAAGAAGAAUUGAAUUCAGAGGGUGAUAUGCACAACAGCUGCGGUGUAACUGAUCAGGGAGUAGUCGUGGCUCAUGCAGCGGCUGAGCCAAUUGAGCUGAUUCAACUUGACAUGUCUGAGGAUUUUUGGCUCGGUUCACCAGACGAUGCCUCCAUUAAUAAUAAAUUGGAGGAGGAUUUUCACCUGCAAGCAGCAGCCCAUCAUCAACGCCAAGUUGACUCUUGUAGGCCGGCUGAAUCUUCCCGCAUGUGUCCACUUUUACAACGCCCAUUAAACCACAACCUUCAACCACAAAAUUCAGGAGCCCUUCCAUUGGAAGAAUUUUCACAAGAGGACACCCACUACACUCACACAGUCUCAGCCAUCCUCCACCACCACCAAUCCAUCCCGUGGUCCAAAUCACCGUCCACUCACCACCUCAUGUACUCCACCCACUCAGCCUUCUGUCAGUGGCCAAACCGCUCCGACCACCACCACUAUCUCCUCCAUGACGCUGUCAAAGGCACCUCCCAGUGGCUACUUAAGUACAUUCUCUUCACCGUUCCCUUCCUCCACAACAAAUGCCAUUACUACAAUUCUCCCAGGUACCACGAAGCCAAUACCGCCACCAACGAGCUCAGCGCCAACCACGUCCUAGCGGAGAGACGCCGUCGACAGAAGCUCAACGAGCGAUUCAUCUUACUGAGGUCUCUAGUCCCCUUCGUGACCAAAAUGGACGAGGCCUCAAUUCUUGGAGACACUAUCGUGUACGUGCAGCAGUUACGCAGGAAGAUUCAUAGCCUCGAGGCACUACAGAUAAAGAUGGAUCAACGGUCCAGAUUGGCGAUGGACCCACAGAGAACGACUGGGUUGAACUUGAAGGAUAAAAGGAGUGGGGUCACGCUGGUGGACAAGAGAGAGUUGAGGAGGAUUGGGGAGGGGAGCGGUGGCGCGAAGCCGGAGGCAGUGGAGUCUCCGCCGCCGCAUACGGUGGCGAGGGUUGGUUUGGAGGUACAGGUGUCGAUAAUAGAGAGCAAUGCGCUGGUGGAGCUGCAGUGUCCGUACAGGGAAGGGUUGUUGCUGGAUGUUAUGCAGAUGCUGUGGGGCCUUCUUCUUGAGAUCACAACCGUCCAGUCAUCGUUGACCCAUGGAGUCUUUGUUGUCAAAUUGAGGGCUAAGGUGAAGGAGAAUGCUAAGGGGAAGAAACCAAACAUUAUGGAAGUGAAGAGAGCAAUACAUAAAAUAAUUCUCCCCAAGUAAUAUAUAUAUAUAUAUAUAUAUAUAUGGGUCUCGAAUUUGAUUAGCCUCAUGAGGAAAUUUGACAAAUGACAUUGAAGUGUAAGUAAAUUAGUAGUCUAUCAAUAAUUAAUUAAAUAUAUUAUUUAUAUAUACAUAUAAGAGAGGUUACACUCUUAAAAUUAAUAGUCACAUGUAAAGAGUUGUGUCGGUUGAUAGAACCACACAUCUCUUCACGUAUAAAUGAAACGGUCAUAACCCUUAUUAUAUAUAUGCGUAAAAGGCCCUAGAGUCCAUUAUCCGAUUUUACAGACAUAGGAAAAGGUUGAAGAUUGUUUCUGUUGUAAUUCUCUUAAAUAGAGUUUCAUAAUGAGUUUCAUAUCGGAUAUGUUUUCUUAUUAAAUUUAUGCAUUAGAUCCAUGAGUUUAUUUGUAUUCAAAAUUUCUUACAUGUGGUAUCAGAGCCAACAUGGAUUCUGAUGCAUAAAUUUGAUUUAUUUGUUAACAUUAUAUUGUUAAUAGUAUAGUAUAAUAUUUAUAUAUAA